CAUUGGUUGUUAAUUAAUCAUACAGCAUUUCUCAUUACCGUGCUGAUUCAGAAAAUGGCUAUCUCUCCCGAUCAAUUACAGUUACUAUUUGAGCGACAGCAGCAGCGUUUCAGAAAUAGCCAGUUGAAUGUUUUAGACAAUUUACGCUCACGGCUGCUAAAUCAUCCAUGUUUUGGAGAUGUAACAGAAGUUGAUAAAUUAAUUUCUAAUUUGCAUACCGAGCUGGAAAUUGAAUGCAGUACAUAUGAAUGUGUUGAUAAAAGCCUCUAUGAAUCCUUGGUGAGCAGUAAUGUAAGUGAAGCAGUCAUUCAUGAUCCGCCAAGAGAUCCAGAAAUUUCCAUUCCAGAGACAUGCCCUGUCGUGGGUUCAAAUCCCACUGCCCCUGAAGCGCCAUGUACAAACAGCUCACAGGAAAUCGACGUCUUAUUCAAUGCUAAUGGAAUUACUGCAGUAGCCGCCCACGAACAAACAGAAAAUAAAUCAACCAGCAUAAUUAAGACAGAUGCACCAAAUGCAGCUCAUCAUUCUAUGACAAUAGCAUCUGAUCAAUCUACUUAUCGCGGUUCUCUAGUUGUUCUAUCAGGAAUGAGUUAUCUAAAUGAUUCACAUGCCUUCGAUCAGAUUUCUUAUAAAAAUGAGAAAAAUUUGUCUGAUGCAUCAAACGUUAAUCAAGAACCUCGUGCAGUUUUGUUGAAUGCUGAUUAUCAUAGUGAUUCAUUAUCUACUAAAGAUUCGAACUCCGAUGACUUCGAACUAAAUGGUGUUUAUCCUCACUAUCUGGUCUGUCUUACUGGAUCCGCUGUUCAAAAUGUUUUAAAUACAGUCAAACUAAUUGUAAUUUGGGUAUAUGAGGACCCAACAUUAUUUCGUGGGGGAGGAUGGACCCGGGAAACUUAUAUUCCGGAUAUCAGGUCCGGAUCUUCAAAGAAGGGGAGGUGUUGGGGUAUUCAGAAAAUACCCCAGAAAUUAUCUAGUGCUAUUCCUGAAUGAGAAAUAGCGUCAUUGCCCUAUUGGUCAACAUUCUUCCGACGUGUCAUUUCCCUAUUGGUCUAUAUUUAUUUGGGUCAUUUCCUGAAGGUUAAAUCUUGUACAAAUGUUACUUUCUAUUUUAUGGUACGAUGUAGUCUGUUUGAUUGCUAUAUAAACAGAGUAUGUUUGAAAUAUAAUGAUUCAUAUCUCCGAGGCUGAGACUUGUGUUCUGGACUCAACUGGCUGGGCUAGACAGGGAAGCAGGACCAAUCAGGACUCUAGGCUGCUCGCUCGUAUUUUGUGCGUCACUGUUUCGAUCGAUAAUAGGCUGCUCUCCAAUAGG